UUUGGUUGCUAUAACAACAAUACGAAGCUGUCAAUAGCUGUUUGAAUGACUUUAUUCUUCCAUAAUGCUUUCAAAUGUGAGAUUUCUAGCCGGUGCUUCUGGGUAGAGAACGAAAUAUUUAACAAUGUGAGCUGACGGUUUCAAAAAAAAUGUUCGUGCCUUCGAAUUGGGCAUGCCAAUACUUGCUGGUGUUUAUAUCAUUCAAGCAAUUGCUUGUGGAAACUCGAGCAACGGCGAGUGAUGCUUCAGGUGAAUACACUGCAGAGUCAUAUAUCAACAGUAGCUCAAGGGAUUUGUCAGUUACUGAGAGCCAUCAAAGCUUUGUCAUUUCUGGCGUGUCAACAACGAAACAACUAUCGUCUACAUUGUCGACAAAUAAUUUCACAGGAUCGUUUUACAGCAAGAGUAGCACGAGUUAUAAAUCAAUAACUGAAGUUAUAGAAACUACAGCUACCGUACGAAAUACUACAACAGCCAGCACGAAUGGAACAUCAGCAUAUGGUGUACGUGAUGCGGUGUCUAUAUCACAAGCACCUCAGAUACAAUCCACUGAGACUCCUAGAACAAUAUCUCGAGUCUCAAGUACAGUUGGUAAAACUAGUACCUCGAUCACAGGAACUGCAGUACCCGUAUUGGUUUCAUAUGAAAGUAAUAAUGAUACUUCAUCAAAUGUAACAGCAGCAUACUCAGUUCGUAUCACUGCAUCACCUGCCGCUGGUGCAAUUGCUAAAUUGAAUAUAUCCGAAACAAUAUCAAACUAUGCGAUGAUUAACUCUUCUGCGGAACAUCCUAAACCAAAUCAAACAGCAUCACCGCAUAGCAAAAUCAGAUGGACAAAGACGGUGACUUCCUCAUAUUCUGCGUAUGAAGGCAGUAUAAAUUCACACAGAAACAAUUACACUUCUCAAGUACCGCCGUCUAUUGCACCUAGUCCACAACUGAGCACAUCUAUUGCGGUCUUCCAGUCAAAAAACAGGAGUAUGCCGAAUAUAUCAGAAACUAAUUUCAAUCAGUCGAGCGGCAUGUUUAAGGAAAACGCUACCCUCAGCGUUGAAAGUAUACGUGUUACUACAGCAUCAGAUAUAGAACACAUCAACAAUUCAAGCACAAUUUCAAAUAAUUCAUUUAAGCGUACAAUUUUUGCCACAAAAGCAUCUCCAAAAGGAAGCAACAGUUCAGAAACAUUUCCAAGUUAUUCAAACAUUUGGAAAACAGAAGUUAGCGCAGUGAAUACGUCUUUGUAUGAAGAAAUCAAAAGCAUUAGAGCAAGUCAAGCUGCAUUUGGAACAACCAAAAUUUGGAACGUGAACAGUACCACAAGCGUUAUGUUCCCGAGACGAGUAACUGAACGAAACUCCAGCGGUCAUAUUGAAGUUUAUAGCACGAACGUUUCAUUAAAUAUACUUCCCAGAGAAACGAAAACACACUCGGGUAUUAACAGUAUAUCUGAAGAGGAAGUUCCGUCGUCCGUUCUUCAGUCUCCCUCCUUGGUUGCUAGUAAUUUAUGGAGAGUCAAUUCUACGAGACAUUUCCCGACCGUGCUUCAGGCUUCGCUGAGCGAUGUGUUCGAAACCAGAACAAAUGCUACACAUGGUGUGGUAGCUUCAGUAUCAUACUCUUAUAGUAUGAACGAGACGACAAGAGUUUAUCCUACCCCUGCAUUGGCAACAUCCGCGCCCUUUUCUGAAGGAAGUAUCGAGAAUAGCACUAUAUCCUUGUUGUCCCACAAAGAACAGACAGUCACGAGAAUCUUUUCAAAAUCUAGUCCUUCGCUGCCUGAAGAAAUGAGCGAUGCAAUCUCCAAUAAGAAUACGACCCAAGUUUUCGACGUUCGCUUUUCCACCUCUUUGCACAACUCUACGCAUACACAACUAAACCCCAGCUUUACUGAGGAGGGGCGAACGCCAGGGGAGAAAAGUCAAAGUUUUUGGAUGUCUUCGUUGGUGAAGAAUGUUUCCCGCAACACCCUUGUCUUUAGUCAAACGUCGCCGGAGCAUCAGACCUUCAAGAGUAGUGUAUCACCGGAAAUAACAUACACUUCUUCAAAUAUACGUAAUUUGUCGAAACCUUUCUCGUCUGACUUACUAUCUUUGAGCGCUAGCUCAUUACAAACUUCAGCAAAGCACAGUACUUAUCAAACCAGCAAAUCUUUGUUAGAGGUAAACUCAAGUUACACCACGGUAGAGACUAAUCCCAAAACAGUUACGGACAUUUGGCCUGUGAUCAAUUCAUCUACACCAAUUUCCCAAAGCAGGUUGAGCAACAUUUCAAGUGACUCGAUGCAUCCCAUUCUUCCAAAUGUCACAUUGAAGCCAUCAACAGCCGACGUCAAAACAUCAAACGGACUGCCUGUUCUUACAAGUCCUCCGCAGAUAAACAGAACGACUGUUUUUCCCGUGUAUACUCCAUGCUAUAUUUCAUACGUCGUUACUGUGUCACGUAGGAUAAAACAGUUUUCGCCCUCAACAGAUGAUAUUAAAUGGAGUAGAACAGCAGUAGAGCACCAGUCUUCUCGAAGUAACGAUAGUUUACCUUCAGGUACCGCGCAGUUGCAUCCAACACCUUCCACAAGAUUUUCUACAGAAUUUAGGACGACAGAAAAACAUUCAAAGAAAGAAAAUUUCCCAACACGAUCUUUGUCACGGUUGCCGGAUCGUAUAGAAUCUAGUGUACAAUCAGGACACGCUCCAACAGCUGCUAUGACAAGUACGUAUUCCACGUUGGCAAACGAGACUAUUUCUUCAGGAUCACGUAACGUUUCGUAUAGUAAUGCUAUGAUAUCAAAUUUAACUGUAUCAUCACUUGUUUCAAAUGAACUUUCUGCAAAUACUAAUUUUACGGCAAAUAUACAAAGUCAUUCAACACCCACGAGUAACAGUACUCAAGACUCAUCACCUUUGUUGACGCCGGCACGGAAUUCUUCCUUAACACCAUCAGGCAAGCUUUUUUCAACGGUUAAUGUCAGCAGGUCCAUAAGCAAGCAUGGAAAAUUUAAUCUUUCGAAUGAAACAAGAACGGUUUAUACAGCCUUCCUGUCCUCAAGUCAGAAAAUAUCAAGUAUCCACAUUAAUGGAUCAACAGUUUUACGAUCUUUUGUAACUGAAAGUUUGGCCAAAAACGUAACGUAUGUUAGAUAUACAAAUGGCAUUUUAAGUACUACGACGUAUCCGAGUUUCAGUCUAAAAUCCGCAUUCGUCUCUAUCGAAGAAAUAUCUAUGACCACUAAUGAUACAAGCAGUUUGUUAGGACACAUCGCCCAAACAAAAACGUUAAAUUCAGCACUUUGGAGGACGAAUCACCAUCCACGUUUAGCUCGAAGGCUGUCUAUGGAACAGUUUUACAGCCCAAAGUCUUCCCACAGUUUUUUUUCGGUUUCGAACGCAGAUCAAAAUAUCACAACCUCGCCGGACGUUCAAGCAGCAGCAAGUACAGACAGCAUUUUUAGCACUAAAAUUAAUCAAACCACGACACCAUACCAUUACGCUGGUUAUACUAGCGUGAAUUACUUACCAUCAAGUUAUUCUAGAAAAUCAACCUCUCAACCAGCUGUGGGAAUGACUAUUGGUGGUACCUCUACUGUGAUCGGUCGAAAGACGAAUACGAGUUACCUUGGUUUGAGUACGGAAGGACAGAACUCCGUCCAACCAACGCCUGUUCUUUUACGAACACCGACUAUAAAUAACUCCAGUUUCACCCUGAGUUCACCAGUACUCGGAAUAAUGUACUCAAAAGAAGUAAGAUCACAUCGAAGCAACCGUUCUGAAUCCAUUUUCCCUAGUGUAUCAGUCCUUAAUGCGAUUAAAUCAUCUACGCCAUCAUCAGGAGGAUCAGAUGAAUCGGUGCUUGACAAAACCAGUCCAUUAUCAUCUUCCCUGUCCUGGAAGACGACUCGUGAUAAUAGUUCGUAUUUUACUCCAAAUAAAACUGAUUUUAUGACCUCAAGUCUGCAUGAAUUAUCGCAGCAAAACUCUACAAUCCAUAUAACUAUCAAUAAAACAGCUACAAAUGCGGCCUAUUUUACUUCGACCAAGAACUUUGAUUUGUCUUCUAUAAAACCUACCAAGGUUAUAGCUUCAAUUAUGACAGAUAGUGUUGCUCCAAACUUGAAUUCCGCGCUGGAAAUGACCAUGUCUUCAUCUGCGAGUUUAAGUACAACAGUUGUCCUAAAACAAAGUGAAGGAGGGUGGAAUGCCCCAUUGCGUCGGAAAAGAAGACAAGUGCUAAAUGCGAAUAUUACAAAACCUGCCAACCUGUCUACAUUCUAUGUAUCUUCACCGAAAUUAGAAAUGGGGGAAAGCUCUGAGGGCAUUAUUACGCCGAUAAGCAGUCUUCUUCCAACUCUUCAAGCGGUUUUGUCGCCAAAUUUUUCAAUUCGUGCAACAAAAGUUCUGCCUCGUCCGUCUCUUAUUCAGACAUGGAGUGUUGAAAAAGUGUCACGGGCACAUAGUCGGAAUCUAUCCCGUUCCAGGUCGGCGGAAGAAUCAAAGUCGAUUAGCGAGGAUUUUAAUUCUAGCAUUAUACCCUUGCCGACUUCCAGCGAAGGCGCGGUUCAUUCCUCGGCGUCAUUAGUGAGACCAGAGCAUACGAGCACUAUACUAACAAGUGGUGCACGCUUUGUCCACUCGUCCCCGUACUCAAAUAGUUCUUCACGGAGAUCAUUUGGAACGAACAGUUCAAUACACGACACAUCGCCUCUUCGAGGAACAGUUUCAGUUAACAAAAGUUCAUUGUUCAACCAUAAUAGUUUCAGGACUGAAAGCAAUUAUUCGAUCUCAGCCACUGCGACACAAAAGCAAAAUAUGAUUGUCACAUCAAACUACUCGAACACAGCACGUCAUUCUAUCGUUCUUUUACCAAGUUCUAAUAAAGAUACCGUCGAGGUAGUAAUCAAACCAAGUGUAUCAUCAUUGCUGGCUGAAAGCAAUAGUACAUCAUCAAAGCUUGAUGUGAUAAACAGCUCAUCUAUCAUCAACACCACUUCGCAAAAGUUAAUUACAUUCUCCAAUUUCACGAUCACUCCGUCAAUAACACGAAGAAAAAACGAAACGAGAAUACUUGUUUCGGAGCCAAGGUUAAACAUUAGCCUGAGUACUUCAAACGGUAGUAUAUUUAGUUCGUCUGAAAUUCGAAAUAGCUCAUAUGCAUCUUCGAUGUAUAAUUCAUUUUCUUUCAAACCCACCACAUCCACGCAUCAACAAGGGCACAAUACAGUAUUUAACCUGCCUGAAUCAUCGCUUAACACAAUUGUGAUAAAGUCACGUAGUAUUGCAUCAACGACGUCAAAGGCUUACGAACAAACUCUAAGAACAAUGUUGCCAUUGUACACUGUUAGAUCUGCAAACAUGAACAUUUCCACAGUAGAUGGCUCAGCUCAAGAAAAAUCUACUUUUUCUGUCUCAUCCCUCUCUCCAAAAAGUUCUCUUGAACACCUUUCAACCGCUACAAAGAAUAUAACAGAAAAACACUCCGCAAUCACACCUAGGAAUAUCAGUGAUCAUUCGCGACUUUCCUUCACCUAUUCCACAGAAAUACCUCAUUUUCCUACGAUGGGACAGCAGCAAUCAUCCCGUCUGGAUAUCAACAUAUCUGAAGAUCUAACCUCGAGUGUAGACAAAUUACUGCCUCUUAGAACGGCUUCGCAUUCUGGUCUUUCGUUACAGGCCAAUACAUCAAGUGGUUCUUCGUCCCUAACACAUAUUUACAGCAAAGAGUCUAUGAAUGUAACAGAAACAUCGACGGCUAAUUUGACAAGCUCAAUCGAAGAGCUAGUCUCGAAGUCAAUUCAAAAUCUUAGUUUAAAAGCAGCAACAUAUUCUCAUACAUCUUCAGUCAUUGGAAACAUUUCGAGGGCUUCAUACACCGUUAGAACAGCGUAUUUACCUAUGACAACAAGCCCAUCUCCUUCGUUUUCUUUCAUUGGAAGUAAAACCAUAACGGCCACACCUAUGCUGCCUGACAGAAGCGAUACCUCAUCUCAUUCAAUUUUGAACCAAACCUUUUCUCUACCAAACUCACAUUCCAACCUGGAACAAACGACUGAUGUUGUGGAUUCUUUUAGUUCGACCUCGUCAAGUGCAUCACAUACAGAACAAAAUUCCACCUUACCAACAGUUAUGGAAAGCGUGUCAUCACAUGAGGGUGCUACCACAGGUGGAAUAGAUGCAGUUGGCUACUUUACGCAUUAUAUCAUACCAACAUCGUCUUUGGGUUUAUGUUUGGCGGGUUAUUCGACGACCAUAUUUUUAAAUGUUUCUUUUCACUAUUCAGCAACGAGUACGAUCCCUGCCAACCUAACUGCAAGUUCUACUUUUGCCAGUGCUUCUGUCGAGCUCUAUGCCAAUGUAACUUCAACAGAAUUGCAGUAUUCGUCAGUUAAUCAGACAUCGACUGUCAUGAGACCGUUGCAGAGAAGCAGUGUGACUGUUAAUAUGAUCAAUAUCUCGUCAUCGAAUCCAAUUAAUUCGUCUGUUGCAUCAUCGAGUCUACUAAGGUCAGCACAAUCCAGCUUGAACGCCUCGAGUCGACCGAAAGUCACAGUAUUUACUAACGUACCAAUGAAACAUACGAUUUUAUCAUCUGUACUGUUGAACACAACAAUUACUGUGUCAUCUUCUUCAAUCGUUUCUCAACCGACUUCAACUUACGCGGGCUCGUCAAUCCUUCAUUCAAUGCGAAGUAGCAUAACAGAUAUUCCAAAGGCCUCAACCGUCACCACGACUAAUACAUCUUUAACGUCUGGUAAGAUUCAAGUCUCACCAAGCACGUCCUCAAUCGUACAAUCAUCAUCAGCCGCUAUUACACUAGCGCCCACUACAAGCGUCAAAAUGUUAAUUAUUGUUAUAAAAGUACCCGAAAACACUAAUAUAAACACCGUCGGAUUUAAAGCUAAUAUCGAAGACAAACUUUACGAAGUCUACUGGAUAGGAAAGCUCAUUGAGAAUGCAAAAAGGCCAAAACGAAGAAGUAUUCCUGAUUCAAGGGUUGAGGUCAAGAACAUGCAACGUGAUGGGGAAGAGGUUGAUAUUCGAUAUAUUGUCAUUGCAAACAAUAGAACAAUGCCAGCAAAAGCUGCUGCUAAGACAAUGGACAGUAUUUCCAUCAAAAGAAUGAGCGAAAUCAUUGAAUAUGAUGUUAUAUCGCGUCCAAAAUCGGUACCAUCGAUUGAUCCAAAGAGUCAAGUUGUUGUCAUCCUUGUCGAAACCAUCAGCCAGAAAAAUCUUUCUAACCCUGUAACCAGGAGUAGUUUUGAAAAUGAACUUGCCAGCUUUUACAAGACGUCAAAAAAAGUUUCAAACGUUCACACUGUCGAGGCAACGCUAACUAAACUGUUUUUCGAACCACUUGGAAGGACCUAUAUUGAAUAUUUUAUCACCGUCGACAAUAUUACAGUUGACCGCACAAAAGUGCUGGUUGCAUUUAACGUCAGUGUGAAUGAACUGUCAAAUAGUUUGAAACAAACGGUUCUAGUAGCUCCGUACAUCCCAAGUGUCUUACAACUCAGCGAGAUGGAUUAUAUCAUUCAAACUAUGGAGUUUAAAAGUGUUUCUGAUCUAAACGCAAUUGAGCAGGAGAUUGCGAAUAAACUUACCCAGGUUUAUAUCAAGGCACGAUUAAAAACAUCUCGUAAACGAAAAAAAAGGGCUUUGGGGAGUAUCGAUGCUGUGGUUACCAAAACUAAGAAGACCCAAGGCGAAUCUGCUGACGUCACGUAUUACAUCUCAGAUGCUGGUUCCAUCCUUAACGCCACGUACGCAUGCGCAAUUCUUAACAAACUAACUAUACACGAGAUGUCAAGUGUUACCACACCGUACACAGUUACUUCGACACCCCGGCCUUUAACACCCACGACCUCCGGUGCCUCUGACAAGGACGAUGAGCAUCCAUCGUGGUUCAUUCCUGUCAUAAUAGCUGGCUCUUUGGGCUUUUUACUGUUAAUCAUCGUCAUCAUACUGUAUUGUCGAUGGAAGAAAGGCGCUCCUCCCAAGAAAGUUCAGCCCCAGGCAAAUGAGGAAGAAGUACACAAACCGCGGAUGACUCACGCUUCUGAACCGGAAGGAAGAUCUGCACUGCGCCAUCCUCCGUCGCUAACAACAAGAGCAGGUGUUGCUGUUGAAGAAAAUGGUCACAGCGAGACGAGGCCAAAGCCUGCUCCACGUAGGCUUCCUGUGAGAGAAAACUCUGUGCGGAGAAAAGUUCCCAGUAGAGAAAGCGUUAGUACGAGAACAAAUCCUGCAUAUGUCGAGGAGGAGAGCGAUGACGAAACUUUAACAGAUAUGAGUGUUAAUCAAAGCAGAAUUCAAGAAACUAACGUCGUAGUCGGUAGAAGAACGCAGUCUGAGACACCGAGAAAGACCAUCCCUCCCCGGCCUUUACAGAGAACUCUUCCAUCGGACGAGGAGGAUGAAAGCGAAGAAUCUGAAGACGAUAGUCAGUUUACGCCUAAUGGCGGUGCAUUUGCCGUUGCUGACAGGCAUUCGGCUGGAACAUUACCACCAGUGGCAGUGAUGACCGGUGGCCCCAGACAUCCAGAAAUACAGCCGCCUGUUAGAUUCCGUCCAUCAGUUCAUCCUGAACCAAGUUUGCCACCGCUUGAUCAGAAACCAACAUCACUUGUUGGUAGAGUUGUUGAAGAGGAGGGCUCUGUACAAAAAGAGAUGAGAACGAAGGCCGACAUUGAAAGAUGGCGUAAUAAGCAAAGACAGCGUGACAAGAAGUUGGGUGAAUCAUCGAAAUCUGGAAACAAGAGACCAAGCUUCACCGAGAAAAAGGCUUGGGGGAGGGCACAGCAGGAAAUCGGUGCCGUACUUGACCCGGAAGCAAUGCAACCCAUUGUCAGGAAAACUCGCCGCAAGCCUCGUCGUAAAUACAAGAUAAGAGCUGAGACAAGUGACGACGAGGAAAAUGUCGAACUACGAGGAUUUAGGAAACUAACAAGUCCCCGCGAGGAAAAGGUUCCUAAUGCGGAGCAUGAAUCACCAUCGGACUCUGAUAUCAGUAUGGGCGAAGCUCGGCGUAGAAUGAUUGCGCUCAUCGACGACGCUUUCACUUCAAUCAAAUCAGCCUCGAAGAAACAUCAUCCAGAAACCAGUGACCAGGUCGAUGCGGGUGGGCAAGCACAGAGCCGCCCUCAGAAUAAACAACCACCUCCAUUGUACCCCAGACCCACAACUCUUACCCCUGCUCUUCCUGAACCACCUCCGUCGCAUGGCCGAGCGUCAAUUCCUUCCGCAAGGCACAGGCGGAGAUUUAUGAAUUCUCAGAAUUCGUUACCAUACCCCUCGCAAUAUUAUCCUGGUAUGUCAGGUGGUUAUUCCCCUCGUUACCCACCACCACCUCCUCCACCGGUCGUGACGAAGAAUCCUCUCGUCGUUUGGGAUCCCGUUGAUAAACAAAGAGCUCUCAACCAAUCAGCUUACAGGCCAUAUGCUCGCACUCCGUAUUCCUACACCGAUCCUUCUGGUAAAUUGCAUUUUACUCCAGUUCAACAAACCCCCGACGGAAUGGGUGGUUUGGUAUGGUCUCCAUACGCGACAGAAUACGCGAUGGAAGAUUUUUACCGAAAUGUGGAAAUGCCAGGUACCUUGGAUCCCAAAAAUUCGAGUUUCUUGUCGAAAAUGGAAGAAACGACACUGGGUGAGAGCACAAGCGCCCCACGUGAAACAGUAGUUGAAAUGCCACAAGCUGACAUUGCUGGUGAGCCUGGGACGAGAACGGGAGAGCCUGCUGAGCCACUAGUUCGCGCAAUCAAGGACGAAUUAUUUCGGUUGGCCUCGGGACGUAGUCCUGUUAAACACAUGUGAGUAUUUAUAUCAGAUUCAAUAUUUCCCGUUGAUCGUUCCACAUUUUGGAUGGCUUGAAGGUAUUAUUGGAUGGCUGGAUUGUUUCGUUUUCUUGGUUAUACAUCUCUACAAAAAAUUCUUAUGUGGAAAUAAGUAUGCUUUCAACAUGGCUGGAAGAUAUGCGCUACAUUCUGGCUAUCAUUAAGAGCACGUACCACUGAUGUACUAGCAAUGGAGGAUGCUGCGCUUUACAUUUUAUCAGAACCACGAUUCCGUCAAGAAAUGUUUAGUUCAUAUUUGGCGCGAGUUCAAAGACAUGUACUUUCGGGAGUGCAAAUCAGCAAAUAUCACACUGCAAAAGGAUUUAAGAAUGUUUCAUCAUGUUCCAAUGCUGACUCGCUGAGAGGCUUCGUUUCGCUGUAAAAGGGUGCGUAAAGACAUGGACAAUAAGAAUGCAAAACAUUGUGCCGACGAAUGCUUUUCAUUGUUUGAGGCUGUUCACAUGAGCUCGGUUGCCCGAGAGCUUGAGAUGAUUUUGAGGUAUUAAAAUAAGUCUUUGAAACAAAACAACCGCACACUAUUGUUAGGGCGGCUAGUCACAUGGCUACCAGGAUCAUGUUAUUUAAGUACUACUUUAAUACUUCAAUAUCACGCUUCGUUAAAUAAAUCUCGGCUGAGUGAGAUCAUGUAUAUAAACAGUCCCUCAGUAGGAUUUGAACAAUACAAGGGGUGUAAAAUAUAUUCAGAUGUUCCAAUGACUGGGUUAUGUUUUUUGAAAUGAAGAACAAGCAAAGUGUGGAACAUGAAGUUAUACACAAAAUAAACAUACAUGUAUACAAUGGAUCGUUUUGAAUGUUAAGAAAGUUUUAUUUAUUUAAUAUAAUUAUUUAAAAGUUUUGAUAAUAGUUAUAGCUAUAGACGUAACAUAGAUUGUAAAGUGUAUAUAGUGUAAAUAUAAAUCGAAAAGAUGAUAUCUAUGAACUUUAAAAGUUUUGAAAUUGUAAUUU